CACUCCGACUCGAGUCGGCACAGCAGCGAACUCAACUAAGACUAGAACUCAACUCAACUCGACGCGACGCGACUCGGCUCGGCGACGGCUCCACCGUUCUUUGACGCAUAGUACACAUUCAUUUCGCAUCGCGCUUUACCUCGAACGCGUGCUACGAACGCCAAACGCGCCACUCUUUCGCAACUUUUGGUUGAUAGUGUCGGUCGGUCACUGAGUUACACUUUUUGGUGGUAUACCAAGAAUAUAAAAUUGAAAAAAGGAACAAAAAAAAACAAUAAAUUUUUUUUUCUCAAAAAUUUUUUUGAUAAGCAUAUAACGGUGCAAAAAUUACUGCCAAAAAAAAAAUUUAUUGAUUUACCCGUUUUGUGGCAUAGUGGCGAGCGCGUGCAUAGCAGUGUAGACAUUAGCGUGUUAACAUAUAGAAAUUUUUACCGUAAUUAGAAAAAAGUAGCAUUUCCUUCGACAAUUAAACGAAUUGUGGUUGCCAGCUUAGAGCAUAAAUUAUAUAAUAUCCAGUUGCAAAUCACUUAAAAUGCAGUCAACAAUCCUCGCUAGCGUUUUGGUGCUUCUACUGGCCGUACAGCAGGGUGCCGCCAUCAAAUGUUACGUAUGCAAUAGUCACAAGGAUGCCAAUUGCGCACUGGACAUACCACCAGAUAACUUGCUUAAGGACUGCGAAGAGGAUUACUCGACACGCGGCAAAGGUAUACCGACCUAUUGUCGUAAGAUCUCGCAAAUCAUUGAAUUCUCAGUAAACAAUUUACCACCAGACAGUCGUGUCAUACGCACAUGCGGUUUCCUCAAUCAAACAUCGACCAAUUACUGUUACCAACGCGCCGGUUUCGGUGGUCGCCAAGUGGUUUGCUCCUGCGACAAGGACAAUUGUAAUGGCGCUGGUGCGCUCAACUUGUCCAUGGGUGUGCUGUUCACCGCUGCUGCUGCCAGCGGUUGGGCUGUGCUGUCGCUGCUGAAACGUUCAUUGGUUUAAAAUGCCAAUUUUUAGUUUGAGUAAAAUGCAAAAACCAAAAACAAAACCAAAUUUUUAAAAUAUUUCACUCAACACUAGCUUGGCUUGUUAUACAUACAGACGAAUAUUUGUUUUUGUUUUUUUCUUUAUUCUUUUUGCUGUAUUGUUGUUGUUGUUGUUUAGUUGCUUAACAUCAAAAUUUGUUAUGAAAUGUAUGCAUACAUACAAACAUAAAAUGGUUUAAUUUAAACAAUUUCUUCACAAAAUAUAAUUUUAAUAUAUACUAUUUUGUUCAUACCUACAUACAUACAUACAUGUAUAUUAUUUACGUCCGUUAAAGUACUAUAUUUAAUUUAAAAUAACACACAAAAACGCACAUAAAGAUUGUAAGGACAGAGCAAACACGAAGGAGUUGUCGUCAUUUAGCAGAAAUUAGUAGAAAAAAAACAAAAAUAAAAGCAAAAAACCUCACGCGAUGAAAUUGGUUUUGUAGUUAACCGCGCCCAGUUUCAUCGUAGUACAUAUAGAAAAUUUAAGCGCUCUCCUAGCAAAUAAAACAACAAUAAAUAAUAUGUAACGAUUGAUAUAAUAAAAUAUAAUGAAA